GACUACCAGUGCUAGUAGCAGAAUUGAGAGCUUUACAUAAUAGUCUUAUCUUUUUUUUUAAGCUGAACAAAAUACUGAAUGCUCAAGAACUUGAGAGUGAGAAGAAAGGAAACAAAAUACAUGAUGAGCAUCUUUUCAUUGUGACACAUCAAGCUUAUGAACUUUGGUUUAAGCAGAUUCUGUGGGAAAUGGACUCUGUGCGGGUGAUCUUUCAAAAUGGCCACGUAAGAGAUGAGAGGAACAUGCUGAAGGUUAUUACUCGAAUGAACAGGAUUUCCAUGAUUCUGAAAUUACUUGUGGAUCAGUUCUCAAUUUUGGAAACCAUGACUGCAUUGGACUUCUUUGAUUUCAGAUACUACCUAAGCCCAGCCUCAGGUUUUCAGAGCCUGCAGUUUCGCUUGCUAGAGAACAAAAUCGGUGUUCCCCAAAGUCUGAGAGUCCCUUAUAAUAGAAGGCACUAUCGUGAUAACUUCAAGGGACAGGAUUAUGAACUACUGCUCAAAUCAGAGCAAGAACCAACACUACUGCAACUUGUGGAGGCAUGGCUGGAAAGAACUCCGGGACUCGAUGCUAAAGGAUUUGAUUUCUGGGGACAAUUUGAAGUGAAUGUUUUAAAAGGUCUUGAAGAGGAAUUUGCCUUGUUGCAGGCCAAACCAGAAUCAGAAGAAAAAGAUGACUUAUUAUCUGAAUUCCAAAAACAGAAGGAUGUAUUACUUUCAUUAUUUGAUGAAAAACGCCAUGAACACCUGCUUAGUAAAGGAGAAAGACGACUCUCUUACAAAGCGCUGAAGGGUGCCUUAAUGAUCUACUUCUACAGGGAGGAGCCUCGUUUUCAGAUUCCCUUUCAGCUUCUGACCUCCCUUAUGGACAUCGAUGUGCUCAUGACCAAAUGGAGAUAUAACCACGUCUGCAUGGUGCACAGAAUGAUAGGUAGCAAGGCUGGCACCGGAGGCUCAUCAGGUUACCAGUAUUUGCGCUCAACAGUGAGUGACAGAUACAAGGUGUUUGUGGACUUGUUCAAUCUCUCAACGUUUCUGGUGCCAAGACACUGGAUACCAAAGAUGAACCCAACCAUUCAUAAAUUCCUUUACAUGGCAGAGUACUGCGACAGCUCCUAUUUUAGCAGCGACGACUCUGACUAG